GUCGGUCCAAGGCCUCCGCGCACCGGAAAUCAUGACCUUUCUCCGCCCUGACAAACGUCGAAUUGAGUGCCAAGCUGUGCAUCAGAUCCACUGCGGUCUUUAUCUGCCGGUCGUUCAGAUGAUCCGUUUGUAGAAAAAGGCGCGCCCUUGCUCUGAAGUCUACGCCCUGGCGCAACAUGUUUUAUCGUGUGCGGGGAAGCACAUUCAGUACCGAUUUGACGGACCGACAAGGGUUUGAUUGACCAGUUGCGCGAUACUUAAAGACCCUUGCUAUCUGACGUAUAUCAUUCGCUUGGCUUGAUGACGACUUCAUUUAUCUCAAGGCAGUUAAAUUUGUUCUCAAGAUGGCUAUACUCCCAAUUGUGGCAGCUGUAGUCGCUGUCGUGCUCUUCAUCAAGCACAUCUUCCUCGAUCCCCUCAUCCUCAGCCCUCUUCGCCACGUCCCCGGCCCCAAAUCCUUCGCCGCGACAAAAUGGCGUCUCGCCUACGAAGAUUGGAAAGGAACGCGAACUCGGACAAUUUUUAAACUCCACCAACAAUACGGACCAGUCGUGCGCAUCGGUCCUCAUGAGGUCUCUUUCAACAGCCUCUCAGCACUGCGAACCAUCUACGGACCCGGAAGCCGAUAUGGCCGAACAACUUUCUAUCGCAUGUUUGAUGUCUAUGGCGAGCAGAAUUUGUUCACUUUCCAUUCUCCCAAGGAGCAUGGGGAUAGGAAGAAGCUGCUGUCGCACGCCUAUUCCAAGUCCGUUGUUCUCAAGCCGCCGACCGCGAAAAUGGUUGAGAGGAGGGUUCGUCAGUACCUGGAUCUGAUUGAAGCCGAGCCUGAGAACGUCAGUGAGAUUUUCAGCACUCUGCAUUAUUACUCACUGGACAACAUAACCGCUUUUGUUUAUGGAAAGUAUGGCCAGACUGCAGCGAUUCGAGGCUCAAAGAUUCAUCGGGAACUCAUCGCGGAUAUUCUGCAUCCCUCUCGUCGAAAGCUCUCUUGGUCGAUUGUGCAUUUGAAGGCAUUGACUCAAUGGCUGUAUCGCCAGUCAGGAUUGAUGGGUAAACUUGUCAAGCCGGUUCUUCCGAUGCAGCAGCCCACUACAUACACCGGUAUCCGAGGAUAUGCUCUGCGGGCUUUUGAGGCCUUCCGAGCUGAUGUGGAGAAGAUCACUCAUUCAGAAGAUGAACAUGUUUCGAUUGUGGAAAAUCUCUGGCAACAUCAUGAAUCUCAGAAACCUGGUGGACUCCGCGAUUUGCAGAUGGCAUCCGAAUGUGCUGACCACUUCCUCGCUGGCAUCGACACCACUAGCGACACCCUCAUGUUCCUUGUUUGGGCACUCUCACUUCCAGGCAACGAGAAAUAUCAGGAAAAGCUGCGAGAAGAAGUCAUGGCCAUCUCAGGCGAUGGACUGAACCAAUGGGGUAAUCCAAGAGCCGAAGCAAGUGAUCGAUGCACAUAUAUCAACGCCGUCAUCAAGGAGACUCUACGACUCUACGCUCCUUUGCCAAGCACUGAACCUCGUUCGAUCGACAUUGAUUCGGUUAUUGAUGGAUAUACCAUUCCUGGUAACACUGUUGUCGGCAUGUCGCCUUGGAUCAUGCAUCGCAACGAGUCGGUAUUCAAGGAUCCCUUGGUCUUCAACCCUGAUCGAUGGCUUGGACCUGAUGCAGCGGAGCUGAACCGAUGGUUCUGGGGAUUCUCAAGUGGAGGGCGAAUGUGCAUUGGCAUGCAUCUUGCUAUGGCCGAAAUGACUACACUCACAGCCACCAUGUACCGACAGUUCAGAACGACAAUUGCUCCAGGGUUUGAGGAUACUACGCCUGCCAUUACAGCUCGCGUGGAGACUUUCUAUGACGAUCGAUUCCCCAAUGUUCAGGAAUCUAAAUGUCUGAUCAAGUUUACGAAGUUGAAGGACUGAGAGGGAUUUGUUCAUUUAUGAGAGAGCUUCAUGUUGUUGACCCACGUUUCUGUUUUAUGCACUUAAAGUGAAUAUCUGAGGUCCAAAUUCAACAUACGCCAUUAACCAAAAGAACCUGGUGAAACGUGAUAUCAAGACUCUUUCUUUCGAGUUUAUAAAUGCUGUACCCAUUAAUCUCUCUGAUUGAGACUCU